AUGGCUGCGACAGAAGACGACGGAGCGUGGCUGAUUGCGUGCAUUUCGGACACCCACGGACAUCACGAGCGAUUGGAGGCAGCGCUGGCGGCGGCGGCAGAAUUGGAUGGAUGCACCACGGUGAUCCAUGCUGGUGAUGCGGCUGUGCGUGGUGAGUGGGCGAGCGAGAUCAAGCCGUUCCUCGGCUGGCUCGCGCGACUCCCUUUUGAUGACAUGAUCUAUGUGCCGGGCAACCAUGAUCUAUGCAUGGACGCUGCGGCGUAUGAGGCCAACUGGGAGAGCUGGGUGGCCGAGCACGAGGCGCCUGAACAGGUGGCCACCGAUCUUGUCGAGGUGCUGGCGGCGGCGGAUGCGGCAGGUGCAGGGCUCCACGUCCUUGUCCACGGCGAGCAGAUUGAGAUUGCUGGGGGACUGACGGUCGCCGGCCUCGCUGCCAUGCCGCGGCAGCCCAAGUCGCGCCCGCAGAUGGCCUUUGGCUUCCCACGAGGCUCGCCUGGUCUCCGGCAUGAGCUCGGUCGCCUGGAGCCCGGGGCGGAUGUGCUGGUCACCCACACUCCGCCGCAUGGCGUGCUCGACUCGUCGAGCUACGACCCACGGACGGCAGGCAAGCCGUUUGGCUGUGCCGACUUGGCCAAGCGAGUGCGGGCGCUCAAGCCGCGGCUCCAUGUCUUUGGCCACAUCCAUUCCGGCGCCGGCGUGGCCGCCACCCGCAAGCGGCUCUCGGUCAACGCUGCCAGCUGCACCACAAAGGGUAGCGAGGUCGACCAGGAGCUCAAUUCGGUCCUCGUCGUUGCUGUACCGCGGGAUCGCCGCCGGGUCCCACGGCUGGCGGCCUCCAUCGACGAGGCCGGCGUCGUCAAGCGCGUGGCGGAAGAGUGA